CAUUUCGUGGGGUUCGUGGGCUUCGCCGACAUCUCGGAGAAGCGAUCGGGCGCGGAUCCAGAAGCCGCGGCAAAUCCACCACCCACUCUCCUCCUCCUCCUCCACUGUCUCUCUCCGGCAAAAAUGGCGGCCAUGGCCAACGUCUCCUGUUCCCCGGCUACCCGGGGACUCCCAGCGCACGGCAACCUGGCUAGGAGCAGGAGUGCUGCCGUCGCCGCCGGAGGAAGCAGGAGCCGACCGCGAAGCACUGGGGUUUUCCCGUGCCUCUCCUCCACGACGGCCGGAGCCGAGGGGAGCAGGCGGAUGGAGGACUACAACACUGCCAUGAAGAGAAUGAUGCGCAACCCCUAUGAGUACCACCAUGAUCUCGGUAUGAAUUAUGCUGUCAUAAGUGAUAGCUUGAUUGUUGGCUCGCAACCUCAGAAGCCGGAAGAUAUUGAUCACUUAAAUGAUGAGGAUAAAGUAGCCUUUAUUCUUUGCUUGCAGCAGGACAGGGACAUUGAAUAUUGGGAAAUUGAUUUCCAUCCUAUUGUCAAUAGGUGCAAAGAAUUUGGCAUAAAACACAUCAGAAGACCGGCAGUGGACUUUGAUCCAGAUUCGUUGAGGACUCAAUUGCCCAAAGCAGUCUCAUCACUAGAAUGGGCUAUAUCGGAAGGGAAAGGACGAGUUUAUGUCCAUUGCACUGCUGGACUUGGGAGAGCGCCUGCGGUUGCAAUUGCUUACAUGUUUUGGUUCGAGAAUAUGGAUAUUAAGAGAGCUUAUGAGAAACUAACUUCCAAAAGGCCAUGCGGACCCAAUAGGAGAGCUAUCCGAGCUGCAACUUAUGAUCUUGCUAAGAACGAUCCACAUAAAGAAUCUUUUGAGAGUCUGCCAGAGCGUGCUUUUGAGGGCAUUGCUGACUGGGAGAGGAGGUUAAUUCAAGAAAGGGUGCGUGCUCUUCGCGAGGCUUGAGAAGUAAAUGGAAACUUGUACAUAUCCUCUCUACAGGUGGUGCGUUCUUGAUAGUCUACAUUUAAGAUUACAUGACAGGAAAUGCAGUAAACAUAUGAUAGAGCUAAAUAAACAAAUGUGUGCAAAUUGAAUCCUUAUGGAACACAGGCAAGCGGAACCAAGCUCCUCAAGUAGUAUUCUUCUUUGCUGCCAGAUUGCUAGAUGUUGAAGAUUAAGAGGUUCUGAUUCACCUAUCCUCGGAAUAACAACAUCUAAUGUAGUUUGUGUCUGGUAAUAAUAAGUAAAAUAAGGUGCCAGAAGAUGGCAUUGCUCUGGAUGAUCUUGCUUCUUGGUUGCAGAUUGCUUAUUCUUAUUGGUGACCAAUUCUGUAAAUGGGAAACCCACACAUACAUAGUACCUUGUAAUUUCAGUAUUGUUGUCGGAUACUAUUGCUGAAAAUGAAAAUACAUCAUAUCAUCGCCCGAUGUGUUUUAUAUGCAUGUUCGGAUAGUUGGAUUUCAAUGUUUGAG